UUAUGUUCAAAAAUCUCCGAUUAACCAAGUCGACUGAUUAUUUUGUUAGAAUUAAUUAAUUGCGUUGAAUUAUUAGUCGAAUUGACUAAUCGCGGUUGACGCAAUCGGCUGAUUAACUUAAUUGGAGAUUGUGAACUGGCCUAUAAAUGUGUAGCUUCUCGUGUUUACCACAUGAGGUCUCUAAACUCUGUUGAAUUUAAUCACUUUCAACUGACAAUUUGAAUCUUAUGUUGUUUGAUGUAUACUUGCGUACUUGUUUCCGUUUAUAUCUAAUUUAGUGUUGAUUUUUUCAGUUAUUUUAACUCUGAAUUAAUCCAGUUUGUUAAUAUGGUUGUAGAAAGGGCGAAGUGUGUCAAUCUCAAGUGUGAAAAUGUAUUCGAAUUCGAUCGGACGUAGUUCUAGUGCAGGGAGAAUAUCUAUGUUUGAGCGAGAGGACAGGAACUUAUUACGGAAUGAGCAGCGAAGGACGCAUACGUUAAAGAAGGGAAGCAAUGAAAAUUCUCAUAUUCCCAGACCUCGUUUUAGAAGUUCUUCCAGCGAUCGAGCAGGAUCGCUUGGUAGAAAAUCUUAUCUGAAGAUAACAGGCAAAACUCCAUUACUGCAUCUACCUACAACUCCAGUCACACCAGCAAGAGCCUCUAGACAUAAUUUAUUGAGUUUAGGGCUAACAGCAAGUAGUAGCAAAAACCAUGUAUCUAUGUCUCGAUCACCUUCAGCUGAAACUGGUGCAAGCUUUUUGGGUAAUAAAGGUCCCAAAAAAGACAGAAGGACUUUAAUAGACAAGACCUAUCAAGCAGAGUUGCUAAAUAAGAUAGACAACUAUUUUUGUGUUAACGAAUGCUCAGGAAUGCUCAAUAAUGGCUCUUUCAAGUCUGUCACGUUAAAGAUGUUUGUGGAAGUUACUAGCUUUCUAUUGAAGUUCUUUGAUAUAAAGCAGGAACUCACAUUGGCAAACUAUAUAGAGGAAUUGCCAAAAUGUGCGAAGAAGCUACAUUAUCCAGGCAUGAUAAACAAAUCGUGGUUAAAGACUGCCAAUACAAUGCAUUCUUAUCCUCAUGUUCUGGGAUGGGUUGGCUGGCUGGUAGAAGCUUGCCAAAUUAAAGAAAUAGCAUUUGAGAAGUACCAACUAGAAACUUUGCCAUUCAUAGGAUUUGAAGAGCAAAUACAAAGUUCCAAAAUAGAAUUUCUCACAUUUCUGGAUUGUUACAACGCUUGGACAGAAGAAAAUCUCAAUGAGGAAGAAGAAAUUUUGGAGAAAUAUUUCAAGGAUAUUAUGAUUCAGCAAGGCAUUACUGAGGAAGAUAUAGCACAAGCACAUGCGAAAGUAGAAGACGAAAUCUCACUAUUACAUAUGAUAGAGAAAGAGUCGCAGGAGAUAGAUGAAGAAACUAAACAAUUACAAAAAGAACUGUCAUUAUUAGAUGCCAAGGAAGCUAAAUUAAUGAAUGAUAUCAAGUCCAAAGAAGAUUGCAUGAAAAAGAUCUCUUUUGAGACAAAUUUGUUAAAUACUGAAUAUGAUACCUUAAACGAACAAGUCCGUACGGGAAAUUUGAAGCGAGAAGAGUUGAUUUCGAUUGUGAAGAGCCAGCCAAUGUCGAAGGCUGAGAAAGAAGUACUUGUGCAAAAAUGUACAGAACUUCAAAACUAUGUGCACGAGUUUGAUGAGCAUUUGAACGAUUAUAAGAAGGAAUUGUACAAUUUGGACAUUAAAUUAGCAUUUAUCAAUAAUAAUCUCAAUAAAGCAAUCUUGGAAUAUAAUAAAGAGGUCUUUAUGCUCAUUGAUAAAGAUGCUGACGUGAAUUUCGAUGAAUUAAGGUUGCCAGAGAAAGGUUUGUUGGACCCACAGAUAAUGAUCGUGUUGGAAGAAAAAGUUGCUCUAACGAAAACUUUCAGAGAAUUAUUAGCAAAGCGAUGCAACGAGAUAGAAUCUGUCAUACGAUCUAACGCUACCAAAAUAGAGAAACUACAGGAAAAAAUUAAUUUACUACCGGACGAUGAUAAGUUAAAGGAGGAAAAAUCUCGUAUUGAUCAAAUGAAAAUGGAUACGAAAAAGGAGAAGGAAAAAAUAACGAAACAGAUAGAAAAUGUCAAAACUGACAUCAACAAAAUACAAGAUAUGAUGCCGGAUAUAAAAGCGAUAGAUCUUGAAAUAGAAGAAGUCAAGGAUAAAUUGGACGCUGUUACUAGAAGAAAAACAUUCUUGCAACAAAAUGCCGCACGAUUUUUCGGCGAGUUGUAUACAAUUAUCGGCGAUCACAGAAAGGAGCUUAAAGAUAUUCUGACCAAAUACAAGAAUUCUACGUGGCCAACAAUGUUUAACACAACACAACCAUCGUCGUGCAACGUCGUUCAGUCGGACUGAAACGCUUAAUACUAUUUAGC